ACUGCACAGUAAAAUUGGGAAAUAGGCAGUCAGUCAUCCUUUCUUCAAAUUCUCCCUCCCUCGAUUUCCUGAAUCUCUCAACUUCCUAUUUUCAUUCCAAAAACCCUAAUUCUCAAUGGAACAAUCUCAUCGAUCUUCUGUUCAUCGCGCUUUAGGCGGUGGUGCAGUUACUGAUGUGAUACUGUGGAGAAAAUGGACUCACAGCGCCGCUUUUCUCGUGGUCUCAACUGCGCUUUGGUUCCUAUUCGAGAGGGCUGGAUACAAUUUAUUGUCAUUCAUGUCGAAUGUUUUAUUGCUGCUCAUCGUGAUACUAUUCUGCUGGGCUAAAUCUGCGUCGAUUCUUAAUAGACCACUGCCGCCUCUCCCUAAUCUUGAAAUUUCAGAAGAGACUUCUGUCAAGGCUGCUGAUAAGAUGCGAGCCUGGGUAAAUUAUGCGUUGUCAAUUGCACAUGACAUUGCAGUUGGUGGAAACUGGAGAGUCUUUUUGAAGGUUGCUACACUAUUGUGGGUAAUUUCCUACAUUGGAAGUUUCUUCAACUUUCUCACUUUGAUUUACAUUUGCAUUCUUGUUAGUUUAUCACUUCCUGUGCUGUAUGACAAGUACCAAAGUCCAAUUGAUGAUAAGUUGAGUGUUGCAUAUAAAAUUGCUCGGAUACAGUAUGAGAAGAUCUAUAGUUUGGUACUUCAAAAGAUUCCUUUGCCUAUGAAGAAGGAGAAGACAACCGAGUAAACUCAUUUGCUUGCCAUCUGCUGCCUGGAAAUAUGUCUAAUGAUAAGGUGCCUUUUGCUUGGUUGCUUGGCAUUCUAAUUUGUGACAGUUGAAUCAAAUUUAGAGAACAUCAGUGAACGGAGGCUGUCAGCCAGUAUAGUAAGAAGUUUAUGGAAGUCUUUAACCGCGUGCUCGUUUAUUUCUUGUUUUCAUUACAGUUAUUGGUUUCAUGGUGAUAUCAGCCGUUCUGAGCUUAAUAGUUCUCUUCCCACUAGUCUACAACUGAAAUUUUUGAACAAGUAAUCAUUAGUAUGUUAGUUUGGUUGUGAAGGAUUUGAUUGUAACAUUGAUAUAUGCAAUCUUGUGUAUACUAUUGCUGUGGUGCUAAUUCGAUUUUAGUGGAAAUUAUAAUGAUCA